CUUUCCCAGAAAUAGAGGCAAAAUAUUUUCAGAUUUUCCUAACGCAAUCUGUCAAAUCACAGUUGGGAAAAUCCAAGUCCAGCCCAAUCCGAGGCUUAUAAAAUGGUUCAAACUGGAUGAAGACCUGAUGGGACUGACCUGAGCAAACCAGAGAGUUCUGUGAUCAUGAAGCUUAUUCUUGCUGUGCUGGUGCUGGGUUUGGUGGUCGAGGCUCAGGCGCAGUGGUACCGCUUCCCAGGAGAAGCCAUCCAAGGUGGAAAGGACAUGUUGCGCGCCUACAACGAUAUGAGGGAUGCCAACUGGCAAUACUCCGACAAGUAUUUUCAUGCCCGUGGGAAUUAUGAUGCUGCCAGACGGGGACCGGGAGGCAGGUGGGCUGCCAAAGUGAUCAGAACUUCUGAUGCGUGCAGUGAUGGAAGAGAGGCUCUGCAGGGUCUCACUCGCCACGGCAACUCUGAUUCUGCAGCUGACCAGGAGGCCAAUCGCUGGGGGCGCAACGGCGGAGACCCCAACCGCUACAGACCCAGAGGCCUUCCUGAAAAGUACUGAACACAGAAAAUGUCUGAAAUCAGCAGUGCCUCCAGGAUCUCAACAAUUGCUUGAUUAAAUUUUGCAGAACAAAUGUAAAACCAUCACUCUCUUCCACUCUCUUUUUACAUCUUGACAAUUAUCAUUAAUUAAAUAUGCAUUUAUGACAAUACAAACGUAGUCUUUAAUGUCACAUUGAUUUGAGCACCAUUUAGUCUAUGUAACAUUUUAGUUUCUGAUUAAAAGAGCAACUUACUCA